GGCCCAACAGGCCCGCCGGAUCGGUGUUUGCGCGGAGCACGAUGAAGAUUAUCAAGGAGAACUCGGCGUUCCUCAGCAACUACGAAGUGCUCACGCUGCUCAAGGGACUGCAGAGUGACAAGAAAGGCGGCAAGGCUACGGGGCCUCGUACGGUGCCCAACCUCGCCACGGUCUCGUACGAGACGGUGACCUACCUCGAAGGGACCGCUUGCAUACGUCAGACGCCCGAGCACAUCGAGGAUUUCCUGCGACAGAUAUCCGAGCUCCCGAUCAAGCUGACCAAGAUCGAGAAGUUGCACCUGGUCAACCACAGGCCUACCUCACCCGUCGAGAUUCAACUGCUCAUCGAAGAGAGCGAGGAGCGACUCUCCGACGAAGACAUAGUCACAAUCCUCGAGCUCGUCGAACGCACGCUGCCACCUCGCGAGGACGAAGAACAAGCGGAGGAAGAAGGAGCCGAGGCAGGCGACGAGGAAUCGAUGCAGGAAUGAGCACGAGUCUGUGAGUCCGCGGCGAUUAGGUGAACAGGAAUUACUGAGGUGGCGUGUUGGUACCGAGGUGUGCUCGUAGGUGUUCAUUCAUCUUCAAAUGUGCGCUUAGUUUAUACGGACAAAGUAGAGAACGAAUAAAAUGCAGGACACGCGAAG